AAAUAAAUUCCAAGUUUUAGCCCUUGCUGCAUCUCCUUUGAGCCUUUAGAUACCAAGAUUUAGGGGAUUUCAUGGAGGAACAAAGGAUAGAAUAGGAGUCACUUAUAUCCCUACCGUACAGAGAAAAUCUCUGUUAAUAUUUAAUGUAGCUUUCCAGCCUUUUUAUUCCCCUGUGGGUAUGAGUGUGUUUGUGUACUUUAAUUAGAAUUAUAGUACACACAUUGUUUUGCAGUUUGUGUUUUUACUCGAAGUAUGAUGAAUACUUCAUCAUUAAACAUUCUUCUGUAACUUAAUUUCUAAUAGCUAUAUAGUUUUUUCUCGUAAGGGUGUAUUAUAAUCUCCUAUUAGGAAUUUAUUGUUUUCAAUUUUUUUACUAAUAACUUUCGUGGUGGACAGUUUUAUAUGUAGACCUUUUUGCACAUCUCUGUUUUUGGUAGAAAAUGCUAAAAUUCUGGGUCAGAGAUAUAAACAUUUUUUGGAGUUUUGCUACUCUUUGCCAAAUUGCCCUCUAAAAAUGUGAAACCAUUUUAUUCCCUCCAGCAUGAGAGUGUCUGUUGUAUAUAUGCUGAUGUAAGAAAAAUGUCUUUUUGUUUCCCUUUGCUUCUUCCAGUUAGGCUUUUUUUUUUUUUAAAAAAAAGGCCUUUCCCUAACCAGCUAGUUUUUGUUUACUUUUAAAGAUUCUUCAUUUAGAAAUUAGGUAGAAUAUGAAAAGGAAGCAGUUUGUAUAGAAUGUAUACUUGCUUAUUUUGCUGUCUGACUUUCUCCCUAGGUGUUUUAGUGGUCUUCCUUUUCUGAUCUAACUUCAUUUAACCAUGAUCCCCUUUGCUAAUAGAGCAAGGUGGAAGGUGAGAGGAAGUGUGGCUGUCACUAGGUUUUUGUGGUCAAAGGGUGGGAAUCUGAGUACACAUAACUUUAACCUCAUGCACUUUAGUAUUUCUGUUCUCGUUAGAAAGGAAAGUCAUGGACCAGUACAAGGUGACAGAUCGCGGGAAGGUUACAAGACACCAGAGAGCAGACAAAGACCUGUAACACAGCACUUCCUUCCUCUUGUGAUUUGCUGUAUCAACCGAAGGUUUUGUUUCAACUUGUCUAUUUUUUUUAAUUAAUUUCAGUGGACCAGAUCACGUAAAGGUACCAUUUGAGGAGAUAAAUUUGCACUGAGAUACAUAAAAGAUUUUGUAAUGGGUGUUGUUAAGAAUCCCUUGUAAAGUUCAUGUACUUCUUGGAACGGUGGGCUUCUCCAGUGACAGUGAUCUGGUGUCUCUCACCGUCGAUGUGGAUUCCCUUGCUGACGUAGAUGAUGGAAUGGCUUCCGAUCCGAAUUCUCCGGUUAGAACUCCUGGCGUCAGUCUUCCUUCGGAUUCUUCAGCACCAGGGGCUGCAGCUUCCGACAGUGAACAGAGCAAAACAGAAGAAGAACGGGAAAGCCGUAGCCUCUUUCCUGGCAGCCUAAAACACAAACUUGGCAAGAGAGAUUAUUUGGAGAAAGCAGGAGAAUUAAUAAAGCUGGCCUUAAAAAAGGAAGAAGAAGAAGACUAUGAAGCUGCUUCUGAUUUGUAUAGGAAGGGAGUUGAUUUACUCCUAGAAGGUGUUCAAGACUUUUGUUCUCUCCUCCUAGGAGAGUCGAGCCCUACCCGCCGAGAAGCCGUGAAGAGAAGAACAGCGGAGUAUCUCAUGCGGGCAGAGAGUAUCUCUGGCCUUUACAGGAAGCCUCAGCUUGAUUCAUCACAGCCUCCAGGAUCACUAAGUUCAAGGCCCCCUUGGAACCUAAGGAGCCCUGCCGAGGAGCUGAAGGCCUUCAGAGUCCUUGGGGUGAUUGACAAGGUUUUACUUGUCAUGGACACGAGGACAGAGCAGACGUUCAUUUUAAAAGGUCUAAGGAGAAGCAGUGAGUACAGCAGGGACAGAAAGACCAUCAUCCCCCGCUGUGUGCCCAACAUGGUCUGUCUGCACAAGUACAUCAUCUCGGAGGAGUCGGUGUUUCUCGUGUUGCAGCACGUGGAAGGUGGCAAACUCUGGUCAUAUAUAAGCAAGUUUCUAAACAGGAGUCCUGAAGAAAGCGUUGACAUCCAAGAAAUGAAAAAAUCCGCACUUGCUGAAGUCCACCUGCAGCAGCCAACUCGUAGUCCUCAGGACAGCAGCAGUUUCGGAUCCAGAGGAAGUGAUGGUGGAAGUAUGCUCGAGGUCCUGCCUUUGAAGACGAGUCUCACCCCGAGCUCUCAAGAGGACAGCACCCAGGAAGAUGACGGUCAGGACAGCUCUCCCAAAUGGCCAGACUCCGGUUCAAGUUCGGAAGAAGAAUGUACUACAAGUUAUCUAACACUAUGCAAUGAAUACGGGCAGGACAAGAUUGAGCCAGGCUCUUUAAACGAGGAGCCCUUUAUGAAGACAGAAGACGCCAAAGCUGCUCAACGCUUCCCAGCACCCCUUGUUGCUGACUGUGCCAGCCCCAGCACACAGCUGAAAUCACACGACCUGAAGCUCUUCCCUGAAGAUGAUAACCCAGAAGCAGCUAGUUCUCCAAGAACAUCCGAUUCCCUCAGUAGAUCUAGAAACAGUCCCAUGGAAUUCUUUAGGAUAGACAGUAAGGAUAGCCCUAGCGAGUCCUUGGGACUUGAUUUUGGAGAAAAAUUGUAUAGCCUAAAAUCAGAACCUUUGAAACCAUUCUUUGCUCUUCCAGAUGAGGACAGUGCUUCCAGGAGUUUGAAUACUGGCGAGGGCAAGGCAGAGUUUAAAGCCCAGGACACCAUCAGCCGGGGCUCCAACGACUCAGUCCCAGUGAUUUCUUUUAAAGAUGCUGCUCUUGAUGUCGUCAGUGGUACUGAUGAGGGAAGGCCUGAUCUCCUUGUAAAUCUUCCUGGUGAACUGGAGCCGACGAAGGAAGGCGCAGCGAUGGGACCCACUGGCUUCACACAGACUGACACAGGCCUCACGGGGAGCAAGUUGUUGGAAGCCCCUGAUGUUUUAUGCCUCAGGCUUAGUACCGAACGACGUCGACCAUACGAAGAAGAAGGCACAGAGGAAUUGAGUGAUCCCCAUAGGCCCAAGUCCCAUGGUGUAACAGAGAAACACUACGCACAGGAGGGUCGUGGGGUGCUAUUUGUAGCAGCCGUGGAUGACCGUCGUUCAGGAGACGUGUCUUUAUUACACAGCUCAGAUCCUGAGUCUCAAGGACUUGGAGUGACUGGGUCAGCACUUCCUGCAGACGACACAGAAGAAAGCUGCUUCCAUCUUUCUAACCUGGUCUCAGGUGCUAAUACAUACAAUUCAGACACAGACACUUUAAAUACAGAAGAGGUGUUGCUGUUUACAGAUCAAGGUGAUGGUUUGACUAAGGAGGAGCCCGCUUCUUUGUUCCAGAGAGACUCUGAGACCAAGGGAGAGAGCGGGGUAGCCCUAGAAGAAGACAAGGAAAUACACCAGAUUUUUGAGGACCUUGAUAAAAAAUUAGCACUAAGCUCCAGGUUUUACAUCCCAGAGGACUGUGUUCAAAGAUGGGCAGCUGAAAUGGUGGUAGCCCUUGAUGCCUUACACAGAGAGGGGAUUGUGUGCCGUGAUUUGAACCCAAACAACAUCUUACUGAAUGAUAGAGGACACAUUCAGCUAACGUAUUUUAGCAGGUGGAGUGAGGUUGAAGACUCCUGUGACAGCGACGCCAUAGAGAGAAUGUACUGUGCCCCAGAGGUUGGAGCAAUCACGGAAGAAACAGAAGCCUGCGAUUGGUGGAGUUUGGGUGCUGUCCUCUUUGAACUUCUCACUGGCAAGACUCUGGUUGAGUGCCAUCCAGCGGGAAUAAAUACUCACACUAUCCUGAACAUGCCAGAAUGUGUCUCUGAAGAGGCUCGCUCACUCAUUCAACAGCUGCUGCAGUUCAACCCCAUGGAGCGUCUUGGUGCUGGUGUUGCUGGUGUUGAAGACAUCAAAUCUCACCCGUUUUUUACCCCGGUGGAUUGGGCAGAACUGAUGAGAUGAACAUGAUACAGGCUUAUCUGCACACAUUCUGAUCUUUUCUGUGACAGGUGUUUCCAGCAGAGGCACCUCUGCCUCACAGGCAUUUAUGGAGCACCAAGUCAUUUGAAUAAAGACAUUUAAGGAAGUGGGGGAAGAAAAAGGUUAAAAAAGAACAAUUUAUUUACAGUUACUGCCUGGAGAAGACUUUGGCUGAUUUAUAUAGCCAGGGGCUGUUACACACAAUCCUUUAACCGAGGUGUGAGCUGUAUCUAAUCUGCGUUUAGUGUUGCAGAUGAGUUGUAAACCCACCGGAAAGAGGAAUGUCUUUGCAGAUGUUCUUCCAGUAUGAAGUUCUAAGUGUGCUUUCUGCUUGAAAGAAGGACCUUUAUAUGGCAGCUAAGUGUGCUUUCUGCUAACCAGGAUUGACUUAUAUGGUCAAAUUAACAUCUGCUGAAUAAUACACUAAAAGUUCUUCACGAAUAAUGCCAUCUGUGGAGCUUAAGAAGCAGGAAAGAAGAAUAUACAUAUGCCUAAUAGGAAACCUGAACAACACAGGACACCAUACAAUUCAUCUAUCUUGAAUGUGAUCUCGUCUUGAUUCCUUCUCUCAGAAGUCCACGUGAGAAGAAAACACUCUGUGCCGUCAACUUUGUACUCUGCUGGUUGAUACUACUUAUUUGGAGAAGGCAUUCAUGUAAACACUUGCUUUCUCUCUCUCCUCAUUUCCUUUCCCCAUGUCUUACAUCCUUGCCCAUUCUCUCAUAUUCCAUUUUUCCCACCCCCACUAAUGCACAUGCAACAAAAAAGGGGAGGGAAUAUUUAUUUCCCCAGAUUGUAUCAACUUAAUGAGGACUAAUGAUGUGAAAUAAACAUGGUGAAAAUUUAAAUCUCUGCUUUAUUUAACAGCUUAAAUUUUUUUUUAGAAAAGGCCAGUGUUUCUGUUCUUUGGAAUGUUAUAAAUUUCUACUUCUUCUUCUUAGGCUUGACUUCGUUUUAUUUUUUGGCUGCGUGUGCUAAGAACCAAAGGAUCUCAUCUAAAUGGAAUCAAGUGGCGUUCCUAGUUUAUUCUUUACAGUUAGGGGAUUUCCAGAUUGGCCUCCUAAUUUACUUGUCAUUAUGUAGAAAGGAUAUGCGUGCUCCUGCAGCUCCGAAGACUUGUAUUUGCUAUUUUUUUAUGUUGCUAAGGUAGCUCCUGUCAUCAUGUGUUUUUCUGUAAUCGUGCGUUGCUGAGUGACAUCGUUUUUCUAUUCCUUACAUUAACAAAUGUUUUAAGAAAUGUUAAUUACUAUUUUUUAAACUUUCAAAAGAAACAAGAAUAAGUCACUAUUUCCAAGUUGGGAGUCAUCAAAAAUAAUUUUUCCUGUAUGUUUUAAAUCUUCCUUGUAUUUUUGAAAUCUGUGUGACAGCGCACCCCUCUUCGAGAGCAUCUGCACAGCUUCCAUCUGCCAUUGUCCAGGUCCUCCCAUCGAAUUCAAAUGGAAGCACAAAAUUCUUUAGUAAAACAAAGGAAAUGUGCAAGCAGUUUUCGUUUUUCUAUUAUUCUACUCCCCCUUUUUCCUUUUUGAUCCUGUUUCUUAUAACCUGAAGCCCAGCUGAAGGGCUGCAACAACACCAGGUUGGGGGCAGGUCGUCAGGAUCACAGCUCCAACCAGAUGACAUCACUCCCUGGAACUGGAUUUCAGCUCACCAACAGACUGCCUCAUGACAGGAACUCAUGCAGGUGAGUCUUGAGAGUGACUUCCUGUUAGGACUAGUAGGAAGUGUGCAAAUACUCAGAGCUGACCAUUACAGAGCUUCCUUCCAGAAGUGCCCUAUGACAUGAAAGCAGAGCUCCAAACUAAGGUGAAGCUCCCUGCCCCACUACGUGACUUGGGUCCCAGGGAUUCAGAGGACAGUAAUGUCAACAGAUUGUUGCUUUGUCAGUCUGUUGAAACAAUUCCAGUGCUUCACUUUCUCUCUCUGUUACUCUGUAUGUUUGAUUGGAACAUGUGCUUAGUGUAAAUACAUCAUCCAUAAUCAUGGUUGACGUGAAUUGUUCGAGUAAUAAACACACAGGAUAAACGGCUAUGGGGUGAUGAGCCCGAAUCUCUUUUUACUUAACGAUACACUAGUAUUUUAAGCUCUAAUGCUGUGGGUGAUACUUGUCUUGCUCUUUUUUGUUUUUGUUUGUUUUGUUUUUAGCAAGGGAGUGGACUGUGGGUCAAAAAUCAUAAAAGAAAAUUGCCACUUAGUAUUUGUCAUUCAAUCUUGUAUUUUAUUUCUAUAUGAAAUUACAAAUGUCAUUGAUUAUUAUUUUACUAUGCUCUUUAUAAAAGGGCUUUCCCAGAGAAGUUGCCAAUAACGUUAUGAUGUCAUGCCCCUUAUCUUAGGACAAGUUACGAAAAUUUACCAUUUCUAUAUCACACAUGGGUAACUUAAGCUUCCUAAAUGUUAAAAGAAAUGCCAUCAUUUCGGCAAUUUGCUUUAACAAUGACAUGGGUUAAUGCUAUGUGAGACAAGAAUGUUUUCAACUUAAUUGUUAUGAUAACUGAACUCCUAAUAAUAUAUUUAAACUUGUCUUACACUCUUUUAAACAACUAUAAUUCGUGUUGUAUUGACCCCUAAGCCUUUCUUGUCCUAUUUCAGAGUUGUUGUGAACCAAAAUUGAGGUUUACUUUGAUACAAUGCGUGCACUGAAGAGUACAACAUUUGUAAAUAAUACUCAGGGUACAACCAGUAAGACUAUAUUAUGGCCUCACACAAAGUAGGCUUUGGUUAAGUUCACUUACCUUUAAGUUAUGAAUGCAAAUAGAAAGAAGCCUGACUAAAGCCCUGAAGGGCUCUUUGCUUCCCAAGGGCUCCCUAUAGAAUCCUUAUUGGGCUCACUUAGGGAUCACUUUAUAGUCAAGGCCAAGGCAUGAGACAGGUCAUCUUUCUUCUUAGAGAAGCUGGGUUUAACCUUUGGCAUAUCUAAAUGCCCUGGCUUAGAGGGAAGCCUGCUAUUCCAAGGUCUUUCAGGAUUGUGGGAUAUGUUGCAAAGUCUUGGCGUGAUGUCCUGGUCCUGUCUCUGACUAGCUAGCCUUAUAACCUUGAUCAGUAACAACAUUCUAGACCUGUUCCAUAUCUGUAGAAUGAAAGGGGAGGUGAGUUCCAGAAUUCCUUCUAGCUCUACAAGCAUGUGAUGGAUUUUCUGGUUUUCAGAGUGAACUAAUUUAAUAAACUUUGUAGGGAAAGACAAGGUUAAUGAAACUCUUAAACUGGUACUUAACUCUUUUAUAAUUCUUUUUCUAGUAAUUCUAGGUACUUGAGUUCCUGCCAUAUACCCUCCGUAGUUAUGUGGCUGUAAAAAUUAUAAAUAGAAUGAAAUUUUAAAAGGUUAUUCCUCAGCAGCUCUCCACAGGAAAAGGAGAGUUGAAGGUCAGAGAGAAGUGCGUAGAAAUGAAAGGUUAGGAGACACCUACAGUUGCGCACUUCUUAGACCUUUCUCAAUAACCAUGGUGGUAUCUCUACCCCUGUUGCCCUCGUCUAUCAUAUUUUAUAAGUUUACUUGACUCAGUACUUUGGCAGGCAAAUCAGAGUACAAAAUUGAUACUUUCUGUUCCUACUUAAAGCAGAGCAUUAACCUCUACCAGACUAGGUAAUUUGGAUUUUUCAGUAUUUGAUGACUACUCAGCUCAUUUUAAGGAUUUCAUGUUAAGCCCUUGUGUUGAAGGGUUACUAAAUGGCAAAAGCUGUAAAGUCAGCUAUUUCUAAAUAAAGUUGUAAACAUAAUAGCAUUAGGGAAAUGGGAAGCGAAACACUGUAGGUUUUUGUGACUCGGCCUUACUUGUUCUUUCAAGGACAAUGAAUAGGAAACCAGAGAACGAGCUUCCUUUUUGGUAAGAUUUACGAUAGUGGUGUCAUGGUGUCAGAUGGUAUGGCCUCACAUUUUUUGAUCACUUUUGACCAGAGAUCUGUCCCUGUCACAUGUUUUCUUCCCUUGAUCUAGGUAUCUUGUCUCAGGGAGAAAUAGAGGCAGAGAGAAUUUGUGGAGGCUUAAGAGAGAAAGUAACCUGGGUGAGGUUGUCCACAUGAAAUGAAGCAGAGCUCUCAGCAGACGUAUUGGCCCAGGUGUCUGGAGCAAUAGAGCCUUCUUUGUUGAGCUGGAUUUAAAGUGCAAAUUCUUUGUUCUUCCCUUAGGAAGAGUUAGGCAGGAAUUGAAACUUCCUACCAUCCCAGAAAAGAGGUGGCUGAACUGCCUUUUUGGAAAGGAUUAAGUGACACACUUAUCUAGAGUCAGUUCUAGCUUCGUCUCCUUGCUGAAGACAGCUGGUAUGGCUGGUACUAAAGGAAGAGGCUGUGGGUGUCUGUAAAGGGCUGCUGGGAUUUCUUUUAGGUGCGGAUACCUCUUAUUGAAUGUCAUGAGGAGCAAUGACAAAUGAACCAGCUUUGGGCACACUUAGGGUUGCUGCCAUCCUGCUCUUGUAGAUCUCAAGUCAAAAAUUGUCAUAUCAAAAAGUUAACUCUUCUAGGAAUGUUGAUCAAAUUCUCCUCAAGUUUGGGCAUUUGGUAGCGUUAGGGAUCCAUAAGGCAAAAGUUGGACCAACCGCACCAACCCCACCAACCCCACCAACCGCACCACAAGAGGCAAAACGUUAAAGGCAUCUGAGCAGUUUCAGUGCCAAAGUAACGGCUAUAAUGUGAAGCUGCCCUUAUCAUAUUGGAAAUAUAUUUGUGGUUGUCGUUGUUGGGUGCCGUCGAGUUGAUUCUGACUCAUAGUGACCCCAUGUGACAGAGUAGAACCUGCCCCACAGGGUUUAUGGGAGCGGAUCAUCAGAUCUUUUCUCCCAUGGAGCUGCUGGUGUUUUGAACCACCAACCUUUUGGUUAGCAACCAAGUGCCUAACCAUCCACCCCCGAGGCUCCUUUACGUAGAUACAGAUAAUUCAAUAGGACAUAGAAAACAAUGAAGAAGAAAAGGAGGUAGUGUUGACAAAACAUUAAAAAAUCUGUACCAUUAUUCAACCUCUCAGGAUGGCUCUAGAAAGAAAAUGUGUUAGAGAGUUGAAGAAUCUACCUUUCACAAAAGGGUUCUGGUGGACUGAGAAAAUGUGAUUAAAACUGAGCUCUUCUCCUCACGUUCUGCCCACCCUCUUUUUCUCUCCUUCUCCUACCUCUCUCACUUCCUCUUCAUCGCCCCCCAACCCCAUUUUGGGCUUUUCUGGCCACUGAACAAAAGACUUGGUACCUGCCUUCAAGGACCUUCUAAAACUCAGGAGAGAGAAGAAGCAUAAAUAGUAAGUAGGGCAGAGAAGGGUAGACGCUAAUAAGGUACAGAGAGUGCGCUUGAGCACAGGAGAGAUCUGAGGAGCUGCAGGGAUGCUUCCUUCACUGGAGCAGGAUCUUCAAGUUUGAGUAAUGUCUUUAAAUAUACGGUUUUUUAAAAUUUUAUUUGUAGAGAAGGAAAGUAUCCAGGGGGACAAGACAGCACGUACAACGGUAUAGAGAUGCUUGACUGGUGUGUUGGGCGCAUGAAUUGGAAACGUCAGCUGGGGCCAGAUUACAUGCCACAUGAGACGUCUGGACUUCAUUCUCUAGGUUGUGGAACUAGUGAAGGUUCUCAGAGACUUGGCACUAUUAUAACCUGCUUUUACGAAGAUAAUUUUAGGUUAGAAUGGAGAAUAAAUUGGAGAGAGAGAGAGGUGAUGGAGGCAGGGAGAUCACUUGGAGCUAUUGCAGAAAGUCAGGUGAGAUAAAGUCAUGAGCUAAGCUGGUGGGAUAGGAGAGCGGGGUACAUAAUCAGACCCUCUUAUGUGUCUCUUAAAACACACACAGUAUAGUUUCCCUAUCAAAUAAUUGCUUUCAUUUUUUCUUGAACCAGUACAUAUGAGGAGAUUAUGGGUUUUUUGUUUGUAAAAUCACCCCCAAGGAAUCACCAGAGAGACAAACUAGGGAAGCUUAUACACCCCCGUGCCCCAGUUGAUAAUGGUAUUCAUUAUUCAGAGCUUAAAACCCCUGGGUCCCAACUCUCUUUCUUCCAUUAUUUUGUGGUGCUUCUUCCCACUUUUUGCUUUUAUGUGCUUGGUUUGCUUUCUGUUUGGACAGUGUUGUGAUCUUUGCUCUUUGAAGGCAGUACAUGCGGCUAGGUGGUUUCUUUUGUACCAGACCUCUGGUAUACAUUUAGCUUAGCUCAGCGGUUCACAAAAAGUGGUCCCCAAUCUGGGUCAAGGGAAUAGGAGCAAUCUUUACUCUUCUGAAAACUUUUAAGUUUGAAAUUACUUCCAAAUAAAAGUCUUAGGAAAAAAAAAAAAGUGGUCCCAGCUCAUCCAUGUCAGCAUCACCUGAGAACUUGUUAGAAAUGCAUGUUCUCAGGCCCCAUCCCAAACGACUGAGUCAGAAGCUGAAGGCGGGGGUGGGGUGGGGGCACACAGCAUCUGCACUUUAACAAGCCGUUGCCGGCGACGACUGCGAUGCAUCGUCAAGCCUGAGAACCACUGGUUUAGUCUGACUUCAGGUUACUGCCUCUGCCCUGUGUGCUCAUGAGUAUCCUCUCUGGUAUGUUUUCGAGUCUGAAGACAUCUCCCAACACUUAGCAUACUUCCCAGGAGGCAGGCUUAGGGAGUCAUGUGGCAGUGGGAACUGGUGACAGGAAAAGACACACAGUAAGAACAAGGAGAAAGCAAAAGGCAAGGGACAAUCAGUUGAAGAAAGAGAAGAUCAGGGAGGGGAGAAGAAGGAGCAGUGUGUGGUGGGGAGUGGUUCACUUCCCCCAAGAGACGCAACCACUUCUGUCCAAGUUGUCUGUAAUCAAAUCACUCACUUUAUAGGCAGCUUUUGUCAUCUCAAAUCCAUUUUGGAAGUCCAUGGAAUAAGCACCAAAUUAUAAUAGUAAUUCUUUUGAUUAUUUGUUGUAUAUUGUUGGGUGUUUUGCUGCUUCUUAAGUAGAGCUACAUUUAGCUUUUAGUCCCUGUGUUGUUCAAAAUUGGCAUGUAAAGAACUUAAACCAAACUUGGGGAAAAUACCUGUUCUCUUCAGAUUCAGACAGCAGAGAGGAGUUCUCUGUGUUCUCUUCAGAGCCAGCAGGUUCAGGCAGGGGUGCUUUCUGGGUAGACUUGGUUUUAUCUUCUGUAAAUGGGCAUCGAGCUUCACAGGAGUAAACAAAUUCAUUAGCUGUUCCCUGAAGGUUAAGGGUGUGUGUGUGUGUGUGUGUGUGUUUGUGUGUUGGGAGAAUGUAAGUAAUCCAACUAUCUUUUCAUUUUAAAUUAAGGAUCUUUGAUUUGUAAGGUGCCAAGAUUAUUUGAUGAGGUUUUUAAGAAGGUAUAUUUUGACCAAAUAUGUAUUUGACAUAUCAGUGAGCAUCUGCAAAAUGUUUAGAUAACUUGCGUUGUCAGCAGGUGGGGUUCAUUGUCAGCAGUGGCUUCAUGUGCCCAGACGCUCUCGCUGUGCUCAGCCUCGGUGGUAACGUGCCGUCCUUUUGAAAAAUGACACUGUUGCCUAAACCACCAUUCGCAGCACGUGCUUUGCAUUUUUUUCCAGUGGUGAUGGGAGGUUCCCACUAACCUGUUACCCUCACCCACUUAUGACCAGAGGCACACCCAGGUGGUCCUGGUUAGGAGGUACAUUACCUGAUGGACAGCAACUAUCGGUUUUGCCCUGAAGAGGGUCAAACCCGCCAGCUGGUAAAUGUCCUUUGGGGCUAUUUCCCCAAGUCUUCUGACUGCAUGGUGAGAGAUCUUUCCACCCCGACAGAGUCCAUCUCUCAGUCUCUCUUGUGGAUAUAACCCUCUUUAAAGUGUCAGACCACAAGCCACUCUUGACCAACAUUCGAUCUUGGAUAGAGGGGAGGCUGGUUAGAGUUUGAUAUUUGGAGGAAUCAUGCUGCCCGCUUUUUAUACUCAUUCACCCCUUACGUCAAGCCCUAAACUUCUCAGUUCAACCCGCCCCUCCUGGGCCAUUCCCCCACCCCAUGUGACUGAGCAGGACCUGAAGCCUCUCUCAGGGUGGUAUCACCUUAGCAUCAAAAGCCACCACAAAACACAGGCUCCCUUUCCUACUUCUGUGAGUAGAACUCUCUGAUCACACCUUUCUUGAUUGCAAGGAUCCCCUCUAGACCAGAGCUUCUGGGUCUCACCCUCUCCUUUCCAUUGUCCUCGCUGGCGCUGGUGAAUCUUGGCACCCAGAGAGCAGAAACCCGCAGCCAUCCUGACGUUGCCGCUCGCUGUUGCUCUGCCACAGAUUUCGGCUACACCCCGUAGCCUCUCUCCUCUGUGGGUUGUCAUGGUUUGAGGGACAGGAGGGGAGUGCAGUUGCUGCCUGCUGCAUCUGUCUCCUUCUGAAUCAACCACCCCCGCUCCCCAGGUGCCAGAACAACUCGCUGGGUUAGAAUGCUCCCCAUCUCUGCCUCUCCCACCCACCUGCCUGCCGUUGCAGCAUUGGUAGCAGCCUUCCAACGAGCCUUUUGUCGUGGAAGCGCUGAACCCAUGGCAGGGAGAUUACCAAGAGACUCUUCCACAAUCUGCCUGCCCUCCCCUUGCUCCCUCUCUUUCUUUCCUUCCUUUGUCUCCUUCAGUAGCUGGGGUCAGAGUCCCUCGCCAGACUGAGAACAUGGUUGCUAUUCCAGGACCCAGAUGUCAAUAUGUGGCAGCAUCUGGCUUAUUGGCAAGCAUCGCUGGCAGUUGUGCUGGCUGCUUCUAGGCCUGUCAUGUGGCUGAGCCUGCUGAGGGGGGCCCUGUCAGAAAACGGGGUUUCUUUGAGAAUAUGGUUUCAACCAAGGAGCCCACCAGAAAACAAUGAGCCUCACUGAGAGGACAUGAAUUAUUGGGCAGGGUGACUGCAGACAGUAGCUUUGAUGCUGAUUCUGGGCCUGUUUUGCAAAAAUCCCUGUUUCAUGUUGUUGGCGCGGGCUCCUCACGCAACCUUACCUUCUUGUGCUGUUCGUGUUUCAGGUGCCUUAAGGCAUGGAGCUCCUUGAAAGAGAAACACAAAUCAGUAAAAAUGUGGAGAUAAAACCCUGCUCCUCAGAGGCGCCUGUUUGGCACAGGGAGUGCAUGAUAACAGCUUGCUUUAGAAAGGUGACAUUUCUGCUGAAGGCUGAAUAAUAAAAAAUGCAUUCUGAAAGCUCAGCUCUUCAUGUCUUCUGAUGGUUGACUUUUGGAGUGAAGGCCAUUUCUUCAGUGGGAAGGGUCUUUUUUGAGGCUAGCUCUGCAGCCCCCAAACAUGGCAAGUUAACUCUUGUCAUAACUGAUGAGGCUGAGGGGCUGUUGGCUUAAAUUAAUUAUCACAUAGUAGGGCUUUUUAACCUUUUUUUCAAGAUGCAAACAGUGCUCAGAACGUGUCCAGCUCUGUCCUAGGUGCUGAGGGACAGAGACAAAGAUGAAGAGCAUGUGGUUCCUGCCCCUAAGGACUCGGGUCGCUGAUGACCAGGUGAAGUAUGCUUCCAUAAUGUAGUGUCUUCUCUACAACCUGUGCAGUUGGACAGGGUGAGUGAUAUGCUCUGUGUUUUACAAAUGGAGAAACUAAAGCCCAGAGAUGUGAUGGGAUUGUUUCACUACAGGUUAUAAACUCCUGAGGGCAGGAGCUGAGUCUUUAACUUUUUGCAGCUCUUUUCUUAGUUAGUAGCCCCUACUCACCCAUUUCCCCCUUUCCCCACAUCUCCCCUCCCAAACACACACACACACACC